AGAGACCAUGGCCAAGUGGACCGUCGCGGAGGCCAAGUCUGAUGCCGUCAGCAAGAGAAUGCUGCUGGAACAUCUGCAGUCGAACGCGGAGAACGCCUGGCUGGACCAGCGGAAGCUGGUUGGCCAGCCGACCGCCGUGCUGAAGCGCGUCACGAAGGAUGCGCUCGUGCAGGCGUACGAGGAGCUCUCCUCGGGCAGCGGCGGCGAGGCGGCCGCGCCCAGCGGCAGCUUCAAAUUCGCCGCGUCGCCCCCCUCGGGCGGCGCGUCCGGCGGCACCUUCAAGUUCGAAGCGCCGCCGAGCGGCGGCAGCGCCGGCUCUCCCGCCUUCGCUUUCAGCGCGCCGCAGGAAGCGUCGGCGCGCGCCGACCCGUUCGCCUUCAACUUUUCGUCGGCGGCGGGCACGCCGAUUGCUGGCGACGCCGUUGCUCUCGAGGCGAGCGACGCCUUGCAGAAGGAUAAGGCUCAGCGCGACUUGAGCGCGGCGCAGCGGCGCGACGCGACGUUGGCGGGCCUGCCUGCGGCGGUGCGCGGGCGGGUCGAGGCGCUGGAGAAGCUUCAGGAGGAGAGCGACGCGGUGCAGCGCGACUUCGACGCGAAGCUCGCGGCUCUGCGGAUGGAGUGCGAGCAAAAGAAGGCGCCGCUCUUCAAGUCGCGCGCCGAGGCCGUCGGCGGCGACGGCGUGCCCGACUUUUGGCUGACCUGCUUGCGGAACCACAUGAUGCUCUCCGAGGAGAUCCAAAAGGCGGACGAGCCCGUCCUCAAGCACCUCCAGGACAUCAAGUGCUCGUCCACCCUCGGCCCGGGCAAGCCCGGCUUCCAGCUCGCCUUUCUUUUCGGGCCGAACCCGCACUUUGAGAAUGAGACCCUCACAAAGACCUACUUGCUCGACCCGAUUGAGGAGGACGAGGUGCUUAAACGUGCGUUCGGCCCCGCCUUCAAUUGGAAGGAGGGGAUGGACGUGCCCGUCCGGAUGGUGGAAAACCGGCAAAAAAAAAAGGCCAAGGUGCCCCCCAUCAAGGUGGAGGAGCCGACCGACUCCUUUUUAAAUUUUUUUGACCCCCCAGAGAUCCCGGAGGACGCCGAGGAAAUGGAAAGGAGGAGGCGGAGCAGCUGCACGAGCAGCUCGAAAACGACUACGACAUGGGGUGCGCCAUCAAGGACAAGAUCAUCCCGCGCGCGGUAGCGUGGUUCACCGGCGCCGCCAUCGACCCGGACGAGGACUACGACGACGACGAGGAGGAGGGCGAGGAGGACGACUUCGAGUCGGACGAGGAGGAGGACGAGUCGGACGAGGAGGACGAGGAGUCGGAGGACGACGAUGACCACGUCGACACCUCAAAGAUCAAGCGGGGGCAGGGCAGGGGCGCGCCGGCGGCCCGGGCAAUGUUGGGUGCGCGUGUUGUCACCGUGUUGGCGGUGUUGUGGAGAUUGCGGGGUCGGCACUGCGGCUGCUGCGCGCGGCUGCGCCCUUUAGGCCCCCCCACCUUCUCUCGUAGGCGUACCGUGGUAACUGGUAUCAUUUUAGUCGC